UCCACCUCAAAUUUAUUUUGAGAGCAAACUGCAGCAAAACAGAGAUAAAUUUGCUAGCGAACGGGAUUGAAAUGAUAUAAAUCGCACGCUUACUCACAAACGCGUAGAACUUUAGUCGGUGUUUAUUUUAUUUUUUUGUUACAAAGUUGGUGAACGUAAAGUGCAAUUGCAGUUAUAUAAAACUGCAGAACUGUAACUGCAUAUUUACAAGGGGGACUCCUUUGCUGAGCCAUGGGUCAGAUCAUGGGCUCCAUGCAUACGAAUGUGGCGGAGGUGUUUGGAAACCGGCGGAAACGGAAACGCAGCACGGACUCCAUGUUGAGCAAGGACGACCAAUCCCAGAUGGACACCACACAGCCCAAAAAGAAGAAGCUUCUUACUACCACACAGUACAUAUACAAGGCUCUGUUUAAGGAGGAGAAGAACUCUGAUGUGGCCGUAAUGGCUUUGGACAAAGUCUGGCACCUGCACAAAGUCUACCUGAGCCAGAGUCCCUACUUCUACACCAUGUUCAAUGGAACUUGGCGGGAGGCGCAGCAGAAUUUCAUUCAGAUCGCGAUCCUCGAUGACCGGAUCACCGUGGCCAGUCUGGAUGCUGUAUUUGGAUCUAUGUACUCCGACGAAAUCGAGAUUGAGUCGGCCGAUGUCAUAUCGGUCUUAGCCACGGCUACGCUGUUCCACUUGGACGGAAUCAUCGACAAGUGUGCCGAGGUGAUGGUCGACAACAUCAGUCCGGAGACAGCUAUCCAGUACUAUGAAGCAGCCUGCCAGUACGGUGUAGUUGGAGUAAAGAAGUCUACCUUCCAAUGGUUCCAGAUCAACCUGCUAAGCAUCUAUAGCAAGCAGCCGAACCUGCUGAGGCACAUCUCAAUCGAGCUAAUGAGUGCCCUCACCGCUAGCCCAGAUUUGUACGUAAUGCAGACGGAGUUCUCACUGUACACACUGCUGCGCACCUGGAUGUUCCUGCGCCUGCAUCCCGACUACGAUCCAGAGGACCCGAUACAGCGGGCUGAGGCGGUUAAAACACAAGAGCGACUUGUCAAUGCCGGCGUGGAAACGCACACGCCCAGCGGAGAUGUCGUCCAGUGGGCGUACUUUACCAGUCGCAUGGAGGAGCGUUCGUUCCUGGCCACGCCCGAGGGGCAGCCGUAUGUAAGGGUCUUCCAGAAGCUGCGAACACAGUACCUGACCAACCACUACAUGGAUCUGAAGAUUAUCUACAAUGACAACAUCAUACCCAAGGAGUGGCUUUAUCGGCACAUCCACAACCACUGGGAUGCACUACUGCGGAUCGAUCACGGGCAGGAGGACUGCAGUCCCCAGCAGCUCGACAAUGAGCAGUUCUUUGAGAGCUGCAUGCGCUGUGGACGCAUGUUGCUCGAGCCUGGCUACCAAAAGUGGCGCUGGACGGGCUUUAACUACGGAAUGGAUCUCAUCCUGAUUAUGGACUCGCGCAGACUGAACAUUCGUCGCCACCACCGGCACGAGCACGAGCGAGUGCUCAGCCUGCAGACGAAGCGCAAGUUCAUGGUCCGCACCACGGUGACCUCGAUAAACGCCCAGCGCCAGGCAGUGUUCACCCAGACGUCCGAGAUCUGCUCCCUUAGCCUUGAGAAGAACGAGGAGGUACCGCUGAUGGUCCUUGAUCCAAAGCUGGUUCAUCCCCUGCUUAUCUCCAUCAAUAUGCUGGUGGUGAUGCCGCCUAAUCAGAGUUUCAAGGAGAUUGUUCCGCUCAGCGAGGAGCCGACGACGUCGCUGUCCAUACCCAUUUCGGAAAUCGGAGCGGACUGCGAGCGACCACUGACUCCGUCCAGUGCCGACGACUCGGCGGUCUUUAUUGGCGACUCGGAGCCCUCGACACCAUCCUCGCCAGCUCCACGGGCAAGGAUCACUUGGUCGGCCAGCGAAACGGACGACGUCUACGGCCAAAUGACGUGUUGAGCACGAACCUCAAAGCAGUCCACCAACACCAGUACCAGUACCACCAUUUUCUGUUCAUUUACCCGCAGAGGCCGGGACUCGUUAUAGUUGUAAUUGUAAAUUCGUUUUUCGCCAUCGUGAUCAGCUACGGCUAAUCGAUCUGAUCUAAACGUUUGUACAUUGAACAUUAGCAUAUCGGCGAUCGUUUUGGUAUGCGCAGAUCUAUAUUUUUGUAUAUCGUUUACAUCAUUAGUAUCUUGUAAUAGCGCUUAACGUCAUCUACUUGUUUAGAGUAGACGCACGCUCUCGUGCCCUCGCACAAUUUAGAUGUUUCAUAUAGUUGUAAAUUCGAAGUUUUAAGAUUGAUUGUUAUGUUUAAGUAAAAAGAAACGCUGUAAAGAAAUUAUGAUUUAGCGUCUUCGAAUCCUUCUAGUUCAACGCAUGUAAUAACUUUCUCUAACACAUUUUUUACUCGCUUCAGUACGCACAGUAACAAUUACCUUGAGCGAUCAUUUAUUAAAGAUUGCAAUUAAUUCUA